UUGCUUAAUAUUUUGCUUUGGUUUCUCGAUUAGCUGGAUUGGUUUCUGUUGUCUCCAAGAAGACUCGUUUUUUGAAAUUAAAAGGAUGAGAGAGCAUCAUUUGCAUUCAUUCUUUCUGUGAAGGAUGAAUUUUGGAAAAGAAGGGUGAGCAGUCACUUUGAAAUUAAACCGCCUAGACCUCUGAGAGCUCUGUAGGCUUCUGAAAUAUUCUAAUGGAGUAUAUUUCAAAUCCAAAAUGAGACAGAAUCAGAGGAGAGUUGGAUGAAAUUGCAUGAGGUUCCCAUCAGGCUGCCCUGAGCACAGGUGUGACAACUCCCUGACACUUAUGUUGCAUCACUGGUCCCUCACUGGCUCUUCCAACCCACCUGCUACCUCCCUCUCGCCUCCAUCAGGGCCUGGCUUUUCGCCUUCCCCUUGAAUGUGUUCCCUUCUGUUUUUAUUUAUUUCUUUUAUUUUUUUGUGGCUGCAUUGGAUCUUCACGGCUUUGCACCGGCUCUCACUCGUUGUGGCGAGUGGGGGGCUACUCGUCUUUGCAGUACGCUGGCUUCUCAUUGAGAUGACUUUUCUAGUCGCAGAGCACAGGCUCUAGGCAUGCAGGCUCAGUAGUUGUGGAGCAUGGGUUCAGUACUUGCAGCACACAGGCUUGGUUGCUCAGGAGCAUGUGGGAUCUUCUGGGACCAGGGAUUGAACCCAUGUCCCUUGCUUUGGCAGGCGAACUCUUAUCCACUCCGCCACUGGUGAAAUGCUCCUUCUGUUUUUAACACAGCUGGUUCCUCCACACCACGCAUGUGUCAUGUCAAAUACUGGCCCCUCCUCAAAAGGUUCCCCGAGGUAGCCGUCCUUCCAGCCCGCUCUCCUCUCUGCGGUGACCUGGUUUCAUUUUCUCAUGACGUCUGGCUCUGCUGGAGUCACUUUGCUGUUGGUCUCUUCAUUUCCUGUCUCCCCCCACCCCAGCAUCUGAACUGCACGAGAGGCAGGUAAGAUUCCUGCUUUGCUUCAGACUCUCUCCCCGUGUCGGCACAUAGGAGGCGCUCAAAAUACCUGUAUCAAGAAGUCAUUUUUCACCCUCUCCCUUAGCUUUUACUUCAAUCCUUAUUUCUUCCUUUGCCAGCUCUACUGCUUGUAAAAUGACUUUGUGUUUCAGGAAGAAGACUGAAAAUGAGGAACCAGUAUGGUUUUAUAUGAAACUUUUAAUUUUGACAUAAUCGCAGCUUCACAUCUGGCUGUGAGGAAUCCUACGGAGCGAUCCUGCGAACCUCUUACACUUUCGCCAGUGGGGGCGUCAGGGGGAACCAUAGGGCGGAGUCACAGCCAGGAUCCUGGCGAUGAUGCAGUUGCGAUGCAGAACAGUUGCAGCGCUUGGCUGGACUUCACUCAAGGUGGCAUUGUGGUGCGGGCGCAUACCCAAACUGCGGUAUCCUUGCGGUUUGAUGAUUGAUUCUUUGUGCCUAGAAAAAAAAAAUAUAUAUAUAUAUAUAUAUACACACACACACUCACACUUACCUGAGAAAAACAAACCCACCCCAAAGCAUGAAUGAUGAUGUAACAAGUAUCCCCAUAUAGAGAGGAAAGGUCCACUUUCUUUCCUCCUGUCUCUCCUGGUGCCAUGAGCCGAGCUUGGAGACGUCAGGCGGGACCCUCCUAGGGGCUCCUUUACUUCCCGCCUCCAUAUCUCCUUUGCUGGGUGAUCGGUCAUGUCCACUGGCCUCCAGCCUGGGUUUCUCAGAGGCCUGAGUGCGUCUGGCCUGGAAGCUCGCCUGGCGUUGCAGGACCUGUCCCGAGGCCUUCAGACCCCCAGCCCCGAGCCACGGCUGUGACGCUCAGGCUGUCUCAGAGGAUUAGCACAAGCCUUGACGCUAGGUGGCAGGGUGAGACCGUGCUAAUCUGGACCUCUUUCCUCGGGUCCGUCCCUUUGCCCCCAGGUGUAUCGUUAAAACUAGGACGUGCCUUCCUUUAAAAAAGCGGUGAUCUAGACUCCCUGACCCCGGGCGUGUGGACUUCAGAACUUCGUUUCGGCACGUCAGUGUCUGUCCUUCUGCCCCGCCAGCCAGUCCAGGGUCGGGGCUGUGGUCUUUGACGCGGGCGCUCCUUCUCGCAGCCCGUGACCGGGCUUCUGAGUUCUCCCUCUGCACGUCCAUAAAGUGCUUUCUCUCGCUCGACUCCGGCUCGUCCCUUGCUAGGUUGCACGGAGGAUGUUUUCUGAGCUGUCACUGCUGAGUGCCCAGGUCCUCCCGCUGGCCGCAGUGGCUGGUAUAAUUGUCCACGUCCCUCUAUUCUUUCCUUCAGCCUUGCUAGGUUCAUUCUGUUCUUCCGUCACGUUGUCUGCAAUGGCGUUUCCAUUGCUUGCUUUCUUCUUGUCUCUUAUUUCUGAGCACGAACCUUCCAGUGAAAUCUGCUUCACUUCCUUGGACGAUGCCUUUUCUUGCACGUGUGUUCAGCUGUUUUCCCUGUUCAGACCAAUCUCCCCCCGCUCCAUCCUUCCCUCCAUCCAAGUCAGGUUCUGUCUUGACUGAGACAUUCCCCUUGCUCUCCUAUUAUCUACCCCUCUAAAUUCCUCCAAGAGUCAUUUCCCCAUCAUGCAUUUCAUUCAUUCAUUCAGUCAGCACCUGCUAUGCACCAGGCAUUGUUCUGGUUGCUGGGGAUACGACACUGGACAAACAGACCCUAAUUCCUCCCUUGUGAUGAGGAAUAGGAAUGAUAAGGAAGGGACAGAAGUGAAAACACAAGAGUGUGUCGGAUGGUGGGGCUACGCGACCCAGCAUGUGGUGGAAGGCCUGGAGCCGCGGACCCCGUACCGAUUCCGGCUCAAGGUCACCAGCCCCUCCGGAGAGUGUGCCUACAGCCCGGCGGUCUCUGUGUCCACGACCCGAGAACCCAUAAGUAGCGAACACUUGCACAGAGCUGUCAACGUGAACGAUGAAGAUCUGUUGGUGCACAUACUGCAAGGAGGCAACGUGAAGGUUGAUGUUCCCAAUAAAUUUGGCUUUACUGCCCUGAUGGUCGCUGCCCAGAGAGGAUAUACCAGGCUUGUGAAAAUCCUCAUUUCUCAUGGCACAGAUGUGAAUUUGCAAAAUGGAAGUGGCAAGGACAGUCUGAUGCUCGCAUGCUAUGCGGGACACCUGGAUGUUGUGAAGUAUCUCCGAAGACACGGUGCUUCCUGGGACACCAGGGACCUGGGAGGCUGCACAGCUAUGCACUGGGCUGCAGACGGAGGCCACUGCGACGUGAUCGAGUGGAUGAUAGGCGACGGCUGUGAGGUGGACGUCGUGGACGCUGGCUCCAGGUGGACCCCACUCAUGAGAGUCUCUGCAGUCUCGGGGAACCGGGAGGUUGCCUCUCUGCUGAUCGACGCAGGUGCAGACGUGAAUGUGAAGGACAAAGACGGGAAGACCCCUCUCAUGGUGGCUGUGCUGAAUAACCACGAAGAAUUAGUCCAGUUACUUCUUGACAGAGGGGCAGAUGCAAGUGUGAAAAAUGAGUUUGGCAAAGGCGUCCUCGAGAUGGCCAGAGUUUUCGACAGACAGAAUGUCCUCUCCCUGUUAGAAGAAAGGAAAAGAAAGCAAAUGCCAAAGAAGUCAUCUAUUCGCUGACCAGGGCACCUCUUACUUCCCUCUCAAAGCCGAGUGAAACAAAGCAAAGCGGGACUUGAACUGGAGAGAAGGAAUUCUGCGUCUCUGAGGGCUAUACAUUUGAUUACUUAUUUAAUUGAAGAUUCACAGUGACUUUUGUAACAUACAACUGUUCCCACUUUGAAAUACACCUUUUUACCUAAA